CUUGAGUUCAUGUGGGAUUGUUUGCUUUUGGCCCCCCACUUCUAGCUUAUUCCCUUCCCACCAUCAUUCCAGUUUUGGGUCAUUGGUCUUCAGUUUUGCUGAGUUGAAUGAGGCAGAGUUUGUACUUUUUGUGAUGUGAAAUUUGUCCACUUUUGGCUUUAUAACUACUCCAGGGAUCCUGACUCAAAAACUAACUUGUAGACUGAAUCCCUCAUUUUGUUUGUUUGUUUGUGAAGGAGAGAGACAGACAGAGAAGAAGCAAAGCAAGCAAAGAAGAAUCAUGAACAUGGUCCAAAACCUUAUGGACAGACUGAGACCCUUAGUGGGUUUUAAAGGCUGGGAUUUCUGUGUUCUCUGGAAGUUGAGUGAUGACCAAAGGUAUCUAGAAUGGAUGGACUGCUGUUGUGGUGGGACUGAUCAAAGUGGUGGGGAAGAGCUUCAAUUCUCUGCUCUUUCUGCAACCCUUCCUUGUAGGGAUGGCAUCUUCCACCAUCCAAGAACCAGUCCUUGUGAACUCCUUUCCCAGCUUCCUACUGCAUUGUCCCUCGACGAAUCCGGGAUUCAUGCAGAGGCUUUGAUCUCUAAUAUGGCAAGGUGGUUGAACUUCUCCAACUCUUCAGGGUCAACCCUUCUUGAGAAUUUGAAUCAAUAUGCACAGGAAACUGUUGGAACUAGAGCUUUGAUUCCUGUACCAGGUGCCCUCAUAGAGCUAUUUGUUGCUAAACAAGUUCCUGAAGACCAGGAAGUAAUAGACAUUGUAACCUCACAAUACAGCAUUCUGAUGAGUCAUCAGGAAGCAAUGGAAUCAGCAAAUUUCAUGAUGAACACUGAAGAAAAUCAUGAGCACCAGAAAGAUCAUGACCAUCACCAAAUCAUCGAUAUGAACCAAUUUCAGCCGCCACCCAUUUCUCCAGCAACAGCAUUGGAGACAUUAAACCUGUCAUCAUCCUACGACUUCUCAGCAUCAGUCGAUAGAAUCGGUGGCCUAUGUAGUAGUAGCUCUCCCAUGAACUUGCUGCAGCACUUCAGCUACACCAAUGACGAUGAGAACAGAACAGCCAAGAGCAAUGGUGGGAUGUUCUUUGAAGGUGAAGAUCAGAAUGGUGGUGGCAUUAACCCCAAGGACAACAACAACACUACCGUCCAUCACAAUCAUCAGGAAGAAGGCGAGUUUGGAGAUUCAUUACUAGCAGGAAAGGAGCAACAAGGGAACAACAACAACAAUGACAAGGACUCAAUCAAGCAAGAGAUGAAUGGGAGGUCUGAUUCGGUCUCGGAUUGCAGUGAUCAGAAUGGUGAAGAUGACCAGCAGCAGCAGUUUGGUGGGAGCAAGUUCAGGAGGAAGAAUGGGAGGCCUGAAGCCAAGAACCUUCAAGCUGAGAGAAGGAGAAGGAAGAGGCUUAAUGGCAGGCUCUAUGAUCUUAGAGCCUUGGUUCCAAUGAUCUCCGACCUGAAGAAGGCAUCUAUAAUUGGAGAUGCGAUUGAGUUCGUGAAGGAGUUGAAGAGGCAAGCCAAGGAGCUUGAAGAAGAACUUGAAGCUAACUCAGAUGAUGAAGAGCUGUCAAGAAGAAACAACAGCUGCCACAACAACGUUAACAACAACAACAUCAACAACAACAACAUCGGCAGCAGUUUUGGAGCUCAAGUUGUAUUGAACGAGACCGGAGAUGGUGUUAUUCCAAGCUCGGUGAAUGUAGUAGGGAAUCAGGAUUGGGAAACAAGCAACUGCAAUGAGAAAGGACAGCAGCAGCAGCAGCAAAUGGAAGUGCAAGUGGAAGUUGCACAAAUAGAUGGGAAUGGGUUCUUUGUGAAGGUGUUCUGUGAGCACAGGCCAGGUGGGUUUGUGAGGUUGCUAGAGGCAUUGGACUCUCUUGGGCUAGAAGUCACCAAUGCCAAUGUGACCAGCUGCAAAUCCCUUGUCUCCAAUGUCUUCAGGGUUCAGAAGAAGGACAGUGAGAUGGUUCAAGCAGACUACGUGAGGGAUUCUUUGCUGGAGCUCACAAGGGAUCCACCAUCAAGAACAUGGAGUGAAGUUCAUCAUCACCAGGUGAAAGCUGGGGAUUCUUCUGAGAAUGGCAAUGGCAUGAUGAUGAUGAUGAUGGACCAUGAUCACCUUAUUCAUGACCACCAUCACAACCAAGGACUGGUACUGCAGAAUGGCGGCGGUCAUCUGAUGAACUCCAACCAGCAUUACCUCCACCAGCUCCACGGUUGAGUAGAAAUGGCUCUGAUCAAGGGUUUGCUGGUUUUAGUUAGUUAACCAGAUGAUUGGUGACCAAAACCCUAGUGUAAUGGAUAGUUCAUAGAUAGACUGGAAUGUGGCUAGUACUGGUGACUUUGUUGAGUUUUGGAACUAACUACUUUAGGGUUUAGGUUUACCCUUUUUUUUUCUUCAUGAAGUAAUUAAUUGCUUCCUAGACAAUGUUGUACCCUGCUUAUUUGGCGCAAUCAGCCAUUGAUAUAAGGAUCAAUAUUUAAGCCGUGG